CAUUGGCCAACUCCAUAAGGCGAGGAAACCGUGAAGGGAUGUGUAAGAAUCACGGCUCUCUCGGACCCUGCGAGCUAGCCUAGAGAGACCUAGAGAGACCGGGGAGGCUGUGGGAGAAGCCGCCGCAACCGCGCUGCUGGGUUGGCUGCGGGUCGCACUCUUUCAGGAGGGGUCGGGCAAUCCCACACACUGAACCUGAGGGUUUUUCCUCUUUCUUUGUUCUCCUUUCUACAUAUCCAUACACAGCCCACAGCUGUCAGCCGACAAAGACAUGACCACCAACGCCAGUCCUAUGCAUCCAUACUGGCCUCGGCACCUGAGGCUGGACAACUUUGUGCCUAAUGACUGCCCCACUUGGCAUAUCCUGGCUGGCCUCUUCUCCGCCUCUGGAGUCUUAGUCGUGACUACCUGGCUGUUGUCAGGUCGUGCUGCGGUCGUCCCACUGAGCACUUGGCGGAGACUGUCCUUGUGCUGGUUUGCAGUCUGUGGGUUCGUUCACUUGGUGAUUGAGGGCUGGUUCUGUCUCUACCACGAGGAGCUUCUUGGAGACCAAGCCUUCUUAUCUCAACUCUGGAAGGAAUAUGCCAAGGGAGACAGCCGAUACAUCCUGAAUGAUAACUUCACCAUCUGCAUGGAGACCAUCACCGCCUGCCUCUGGGGACCACUCAGCCUAUGGGUGGUGAUCGCCUUUCUCCGCCAGCAGCCCCACCGCUUUGUCCUCCAGCUGGUGGUCUCUGUGGGUCAGAUAUACGGGGACGUGCUCUAUUUCCUGACAGAGCACCGUGACGGAUUCCAGCACGGGGAGCUGGGCCACCCGAUCUACUUCUGGUUUUACUUUGUCUUCAUGAAUGCUCUGUGGCUGGUGCUGCCCGGAAUCCUUGUGCUUGAUUCGAUAAAGCAACUCAGUCACGCCCAGAGGAUGCUGGACUCCAAAGCCUCCAGAGCCAAGAGCAAGCAAAACUAAUGAGUGAUGAACUGGGCUUGAAUACUGGCCGUUGAGGAACUCGCCACCUGUGUCCAGUCCUUGCUCCUACAGAUUGGAAGGACCAAUCGAACUGAUCUGUCAAACUCGGGCUGAUGGGUGGGCACCAAAAAGACCAGAGAUAGAAGAAAGGAGCUAGGUGGAGCUGCUGUUCAAGCUACAAGAGAACCUAGGAAGUCCGAGAUGGGGACAGGUUUUGAAAUCAAAUAAAAGUUCUUGACCCUA